AUGGCGGACUUCUUCUUUUCUUGCAGCACGUGUCAAAGGAAAGUGACUUUGGUGUUUUAAAAAUUCAUUGUUUACUUUGUUCGCUGCGCGCAAGUCGUAUUUCACUUCUGGUUUUUUAUUGGGUAAUUAUUUAACAUAUUCAAUCCAAUUUAAUUAUGCGAAGCAUGUUUUCGGAUCGUUACAACAAUAAGCGCCGCGAAUUUUACGAGCGCUACGAAGCUGCUAGGGUGAUCCAUCCGAGUCUGCCGGAGUGCCAGCGUCCAGCGGAGCCCACCGAAGUGAAGCAUCCGAACAACCCCGUUAAUCGUCGCCCCGUUUCGUAUCGCCAACUGGCCAAUCAGUCGCGAAGGCAGCUGGAGAACGACUCCUGGCUAUCCAGUGAUCGACUGCCCAUAGUGGUGCGCCGCGAAAUCGAGAUGCGCAACAAAAAACCUGUGCUGCCCAAAUACAACGUGGAAACGGCUACCCAUGUGCUAAGCCAUAAUGGCGGGUCACGACGUGGUCGUCCUCCAUCUGCCGCCACUGCGGCCAGAAUGGCAUCUGAAUUCGCCCGUCAAGUCGGUGGCAUUUCCCAAACUCCAAACUCCAUCAAAGAAGAAGAAGAAGAGGAGCAGCCGAUAGCCAAGAAGGCGAACAAGAUGCCGGACAAGGUGGCAGUCAAGGUGACGGACAAGUUGGCGACCAAGUUGACGACCAAGGUGGCGACCAAGGCGGCGACCAAGGUGGCGACCAAGGUGGCGACCAAGGUGGCGACCAAGGUGGAGACCAAGGUGGAGACCAAGGUGGCGACCAAGGUGGCGACCAAGGUGGCGACCAAGGUGGAGACCAAGGUGGAGACCAAGGCGGAGGAGUCCAACUUCCCGGUUAAGAUUAAAGUGGAAGAGGACGCGCAAAAUGAUGUGGGGUGGCAGCCAAAUUGGCUGGACAAAACCAAUGAGGGUUUUGCCACAAAUAGGAACUUUAUUCCGAUUUUGAGCUCUUUUCCUAACCCUUACCGUAACAUGGAUGUUACCUGGACCGAACAAUUCAAUGCAUUAUCAAACCAAUACUACAAUCAUAUCAUGAACUCCGUCUCGUCUUCGAGCCAGAUGCAGCCGCUUGAUUUACCACCAUCAGACAACACGCCCACUAUCGGUGUUAACCCGGUGAUCGUGGGCGGUCACCCACCAUUUAGCGUCUUUCCGUGCCCGUCGGAUAACUGCGAGCAAAACUUUGAUUCGCGUCGGGCCAUGUACAAGCACCAACGCGAGACUGGUCACCACAAUUGGCCAUACAACUGCAGCAAGUGUGGCCAGGUCUUCCGUACAUCAGGCUUUAUGCGCAUGCACUCCGUGAAUGCCUGUGAGCGCAACUUGCACAAGUUUAAAAUAUCUAAGCCAAAUUAAUUGCAACUUGGCCAAACCGCAAAGCCGGAAUGAAUCGGUUCGCAUACAGCGAACUAUUAAUUUACCAUUGAUUUACCAUUAAAUUUCUAUUAAUUUACUUUAUAUGAAAUAAAGAAUGCCAUAAUGGUAAAAAUCUA